UAAUUUUGCACAUAUUAGUAAAAAAAAUAUUUAGCUAUUUGUGUUAAAUUGAAAAUAUUAAUAUAUUUAAAUGUAUUAUAAAUAUUGCUGAUAAAAUAUUAUAAAUUUAGUGCAAAAUAUAGUGUUUAAAGCAAAGUCCAGUUGGAAUUUUUGCAUGUGUAAAAAGCAUACACUACAACAACAUAAGAAAAAAAAUUGCUCUCGCUCUAUUAAUUAAAGUUAGUGCUGUAAAAAAAGUAUUAUUAAUUUGUAAAAAAAAUAUAUAUAUUUUGUUUAAAUCGAUUACCAUGACAAAAUGCAGUCGUCGUGUUCUGAUUUUGAAAAUGAUAUAAAGGCAAAUGCUUUGCAAAAAAUUGCAACAGCAACAACAACAACGACAGCAGCAACCACGGCACCCAGGAUAGCCCUGACAAAAACAAUAUUUCUAACACCCAUACAAAAAUCUCCAACACAACAGCAACAACAACAGCUAUUAAUACAGCAACAACAUACCAAACAAAAACAAUUGUAUACAACAUUAACAGCCAAACAAACUACACCAAGUGGCCGUGUUACAAGUACAAAUUUAGGAAAUGUUGUUAUUAAAGAUUUUAAGGGCAUUAUAAAGCCUAUUUUAGCUACAACUAUAAUCACAACAGCAACAAAUAGCACAGCAACUAUAACAUCACCAUUAAUAACAACAGCAACAACAACGACAACGACGACAUCCACAACAAUAUCUACUACUUCUCAAUUUAGUGGAGACGUUGAAGUGGAUGGUAAUUUGAAUGUGGCCAUUGUUGCAGCUAAACGUCCACAAUUAACUAUUGUUGCCACAAAAACAACCGCCUUAGUUGACAAUAUUAGUACAGCAUUAGGUGUGACUGCUGUAACAUCAGCCACAACAGCAUCUAUAGUAUCUCCAACAACAUCUACAACAAUAAAUAGUACCACUGCUACAGCUGAUACCUCUACAGAAAGUAAUAAAAUGGAACACAGCUAUAUAAGAGAUACAACACCAAAACCACAAAAUAACAUUGAAAUAAGUAAUGGUCUUCAACCGGCUAGAACAAUACUAGUUCGAAGACCGCCUCAGUGUCCCUCAUGUCAUACCAAUCCUGUAGAAGAAGAUUUAUCAGAUGCUCAUCAGGCACCCAUACCAUCUUACAAUGAAAUAGCCGCCAAAGAGGCCAUGAAUGAAUGUGCACGUAUAGCUAAAUAUGUAAAAAAUAUAAAUGCCGAUGAUGAUGACUGGGAAUCGAGAGUUAAUCAAAUUGGCUGGUCAAAUAUGCAAAAGAAUUUAUUUUCGAAAGUUGCUCGUAUUCUGGAUAAUGAUCAAUUGGGACGCUUAUCGAAUGCUGGACGACCCAAUGAGGCCAUGCAAAGAAGGGUGGUAGUGGAUAAAUCUGCUUCCCGCAUGCGUAAAGCUUUAGCUUCGGUGGCCUGGGAUUCACGUCUUACACAAUGGUUACAUUGUUUAUUAAUGGACUGUUUACCUUCUACCUAUAUGGCAUCAUAUUUAGAUAUUCUACAAACCUUAAAAUCUAAAUUACCCACACUCAUGGAUAAAAUGUUAUUUGGUCGUCCAUUAAAUGUUAGUCAAGAGUUAUUGGCACCUGUUAUGAAGAAAAAAUGGGAACCACAAAUUGCCACUAAAAUACGUAAAUUAGCUCAUAAUGCUGUUAUUGUAGCAUUACCCUCAAUGCCCACUAGUGGUCCAGUGCCAAAUCGUUUGCAAAAAUGGUAUCAACAUUUAGCUACCAUAACACAAAUUGUACAAGUUACUUUGCCCAUGACAAGUGGCCACAUUUCACGUCAACCCUUGGAACAGGUAGCGGAGCAAAUAGUCUCUUUGACUCGGGUUAAAAUUCAUGAAUUACGCAAUGAAAAUUCUCAACGUAGCAUAAUUUUAAUUGGUUUUAAUGCUGGUGCUUCUUUGGCCUUACAAGUGGCCAUGUCAGAGAAUGUUGCGUGUGUAGUUUGUAUGGGUUUUGCUUAUAAUACCUAUAAUGGUGUACGCGGUACACCAGAUGAUCGUCUAUUAGAUAUCAAAGUUCCCAUUCUGUUUGUGGUGGGACAGAAUUCAGCAAGAUCAAGCCCCGAGGAAAUCGAAUCUUUGCGUGAGAAAAUGCAAUCUGAAUCUUUUCUGGUUGUUGUUGGCAGUGCCGAUGAUGUUUUAAGAGUACCAAAGUCUAGAAGGAAAAUUGAAAAUGUUACCCAAUCCAUGGUUGAUACCAUGGUUGUUGAUGAAGUUUAUGAUUUUAUAAAGAAAAUUUUAACAAAUCCACCAGGACCACGUACACCAACUGUUAUUAAUAGUACAUUCUAUAAUAAAUUAAAUAAAACCACAACUGGUGAGAAAACAACCGGAGUAUACCAACGUAAACGUAAAAAUGAGGGAGGAGAUCAGGAAGCUACACCAGCUAAAUCAAAACAUAUAAUUGGUCGUCCUCGUACACGACCCAUACCCAACACCUCUACUUCGACUGCAACUACUGGCACAGCAAAAAUAACUCAAAUGCACACUUCAACACCGGUAAUGGUGGGCAAGUCUCAGCCGCUUAAGAAACACUUAUCGCCUAGUAACAUAACCAAUGAUGACCUCAACAUGGCUAUACAAUCUCUUAUCUCCGAUUCUAAUGAUACUGAUUUGAAUACCAGCAAUGUUAGUACGGAUUCAAAUCCUCAAAAAAUUAUAACCAAUUUUGAACUGGUGACUCAGCCUACUAAAACAGCACCCAUUAAGACUACCACUCUACUUAAUACCCAACAAAAACAAUUGAUUAUUGGUUCUACUCCGGCAGUGGGUACCAAAAUCAAAAUGAUACCCUCUAACCAGUUUGUACAAUUAAAACCUACAUCAUUACAAUCUCAAUCUAAGAUUUAUACUAUCAAAACUUCUCCCGUGGUUGGAUCUACUCAGGGAGAUGUUACCGGUGGCCCUAGAAUUGGUAGUAUUGUUACCACCAGCCCCAGUACUACUAGCACAGGUCAACAUAUCUUUACACUUAAAACGCCCAAUGGCCAGACGACACAAUUUGCAACUGCCGUGGGUGGUCAACAAAAGUAUACUGUUAUUAAAAAUGCCAAUGGCAAUUCUACUUUGCAAUUGUCCUCAGCGAAAACAUUACAUCCUGUAUCAACGGUAUCACCUUCACCUUCGACAUCAUCAAGUAAUUUGGAUUUAGGGAAUAUUAUCGAUAUGCCUAUAUUGUUUGCUGAUAAUGAGGGAAAUUUAUCAGAUGCUUCAUCAAGUACGGAGACUAAACCAUCAACAGUUACAACCGGUAAAGGUUCAUCCGGUGUUGGACAGCUAAUAAUUAGUCAGAAAAUUAUAAAAGAAGCUAAUCCUCCUAGUACCACAACACCAGCUGCUACAGCCUCAACAUCCAGUGGCACUUAUGUUAUCAACAAACCAGGCACAUUUCUACAAUCCCAACAGAUCGUUGGCAAUAAACCUAAUAAAGUCGUGUUUAUCAAUCGUAAUACAAUGAAACCUUGUCCCAACAUACUGUCUCGUUCUAAUAUCUCUCAACAAUUAAAUAAAUACACUAAAGUUGUAUUGACUAAUUCAAAAACCGCCACCGCUACCUUAGUACCAAGACCGGGUACUCAUAUUACCACCAGCACUUCUCCCAUAGCUUCAUCAGUUAAACAAAUCAAUUUACAAGCUUUGAAUCAUACCACUACUACUUCACCAGUUACUACGCCAACUCGUCCCUCGGGUAUAUUAAAUGUGCAAACGAAAAAUUUACCACAAAUACAAAUCAUUAAUAAUCCUAAUGCUACCUUUAUCUCAACCGAUAAACCGCAAAUACGUAAUAUAGUAGUCAAGUCGGGAGGUCUCAAACAAUUGCCUCCCCAUUUAACCACUCAAUUGUUGAAUCGUAAUUUAACAGUAAGAAAAUUACCACCCGGUAGUGUUACCAUUACUUCCUCACCUGUACACACUUCUGCUGCUCAAGAUGUUGUCACCGCUAUUGAUACAGCGUCAUCAUCGCCUGCUUCGUCCUCCUCAUCAUCAGCCUCUAACAUACAAACUUCACCAAAAAUUAUCACCCUAAAUCCCAUUAAUCGUACUACACCCACUACAAAGAGUGAUUAAACCUUUAGUUUUUGCUGUUAAAGUGAUUUCUUUUUAGAUUUGUCGUGCUAAAAAAUUUAAUUUUUCGGCUCGAUCAUCAUUACUUUUUUUACCUUGAACUGAAUUCAUAGAAAUUUUAUUUUUGUUUUAUUUUUUUUUACUUUCAAGUUUUAUUUUUAUUAGUUUGUAGUUGUGUAAUGAUGAAAAUCAUACUUUGGUAAUUUAGCUUUUAGUAUUUAUGUUAAAGAAAUAUUUUCAUGCAUAAAACUUAAAAAAUAAAGUAAAUAUGAAAAUUAAAUAAAGAAAA